AUGGCACCUUCAGAUCUCGACCAACUGCUCAUGAUGGGGUUUGACAAAGCGCGAAGCGAACUAGCUCUCGCGAAGUCCGGAGGCUGCAAGUCACUCCUCUCCAACAGCCAGCGCUCAAAGGCCGAAGACCAAGCCCAGACUGCAGCCAAAGCUGCCGAAGCCGAAGCACAGGCCAAAAGCCUGGUCUGCAACGAGUGUGGCAAGAAGUUUCGAGGAACCGCCCAAGCGGAAUUCCAUGCCUCCAAAUCUGGCCACACCGACUUUGCAGAGUCCGUCGAAGAGAUUGCCCCUCUGACCGAGGAAGAAAAGCAGGCGAAACUCGCCGAGCUACGCGACAAGCUGGCUGCCAAGCGGCAAGUACAAACAGACCAAGACAAGGUCGAUCAGAAGCGGAAUGAACAAAUUAACCGGAAGAAGACCAAGGAGACUGAGGACAUGAAAGAACAGCUCAAGGUCAAGGAACAGAUCAAGGAGGCAGAGAAGAAGAGGGCAGAGAAGCAAGCCGACAUCGAGGCCAAGAAGCGAAUCCAAGCUAAGAUUGCGGCGGACAAGGAAGAACGACGACUCAAAGCUGAACGUGAGAAGGCCGAGAGAGCAGGAGUAGCCCCGCCAGCAGUCCCGCCAGCCACGGUGGCUGCGGCGCCAGCUGCAUCGGCAUCCAAACCCGCGUCGGAGUACAAAGAGACCAGGCUGCGGCUGCAGACGGAAGGCGGCAACAUCGUGAAGACAUUCCCGGUAGAGACAACCUUGUUUGAAGUGGCAGCGGCAGUGGGAGAUGAGACAGGGAGAGACGUGGAGAGCUUCACCCAGAAUUUUCCCAGGAAAGUGUUCAACCAGGAGUUCUUUGGAGAGACAUUAAAGGACCUGAAGCUAGUGCCCAGUGCCAGCUUGAUUGUGAAGUAG